AUGAGAGGAAACCCUAAAGCUAAUACAAUAAAAAAACAGCAAGCACUAGAAAAGCAAAAAAAGUAUCUGAAACGGAAAAUUGUAGAUGAAGAAACGGACGAUGAAGAAUGGAAAUCUGAUGGCUCCAGUAACAAUUUUGAGCAUGAAGUGCAUCCAUCAGGUUUUGAAGAAUUUGAUGAGAUUCCAGUUGAAGGAGAUUAUGUCUUAACCGAAUUUGCAACCGAAAAUUCCAAACCAAAAAAGUUUAUUAUAUAG